AUGGGUCUCAAGAAGGCAGUUGUUGAUGAUCUUCUGGCCGACAUCCCGAACGUCACUAUCGUCCAAUCUCCAUCUUCGCAAUCUCUGCCGAAACCAAAGCCAAAAAGGCUGAAGAAAGCCCAAGCUAAGGAAACGGCGAUUCAGCAUGCCGACUCCUUCGCGAUGCAAGCUUUUGAUAUCAAGAAGGAGUUGGUUAACAAGACCAAGGAGGCUGCAAGUUUGCUGAAAAUUGUCAAUAAGGCCGAGGCCAAGAUGAAGACACUGAUGGAUCAGGCUAAGUUAGCCAAACAGGCCCAAGAAGAGGCCGAUGAGAAGGCAGGAGCUGCUGAGGCCGUCGCUAAGGUCCUUGAGGUUGAAAAGAAAGAGGCCGAAGCGAAGACCGCAGAGGCCCAGGCCGAGCUCAUUGUUGCCUUAGCCACAAAAGAAGCCGAGAUCAAAGCGGCGGAUGAGAAGGCGUUUGCCGAGGAGGCGGCCGACGUCAAAGAAGACUAUAAGAAGCAAGUGAAGCAGGAUGAGGAGGAUAAGGUCUCGAAAGACGCUAUCCUUGAAAAGACAACAUCUGACGUGCCUAUCGCCGAGAAGAGCAUCGACUAG